AAUGUUCUGCUGCUGCGAGAGUGAAGGAAGAAACCGACCGCCAUGGCCUACCCUUCUUCAACUUCAAUGCUCGCUUUCCCAUCCCAUCCCCAUGUUGGAGAGUGGAAAUGAAAUCAUAGCCAUAUAACCCCAUCGACCCUUCUUCCCUCUCUCUCUCCCUCUCUCUCGUUUCUCCAUUCCCGUCCGUAUGGUCUGAACGUUCCGUUUCUUCAUCGCCAUCGAUCCAAUCUCUCUCUGUGUGCUUGAUCGAAUCUCUGAUUCCACUAUAGCUUUUGUCCUUUGAUUCUACUCGGGCGUUUGUCGGGUUGACCUUAGUUCGGGGAAGUUUUCUGUGGCGUUUAUUUGCUGAUUCGUUUGAGAUCUCGGGUGAAUUCGCAUUGGAAGGUAGGGAAGAUGGGCCUGAUUUCGGGUAUUUUCAUGGGGACGCUCUUCGGGGUGGCGCUGAUGGCGGGGUGGCGCCACAUGAUGAGAUACCGCAGCAACAAGCGCAUCGCCAAGGCAGCUGAUGUCAAAUUGCUUGGAUCUCUGACGAGAGACGAUCUAAAGAAGAUUUGUGGUGAUAACUAUCCUGAAUGGAUAUCUUUUCCUGUUUUUGAGCAGGUGAAAUGGAUGAACAAGCAACUCAGCAAGUUGUGGCCUUAUGUUGCAGAUGCAGCCACACUGGUUAUCAGAGAAUCUGUUGAACCCCUGCUAGAAGAGUAUCGCCCUCCUGGAAUUACUUCAUUGAAGUUUAGCAAGUUGUCUCUUGGAACAGUGGCGCCAAAAAUUGAAGGCAUUCGCGUUCAGAGUCUUAAGAAAGGUCAAAUUACAAUGGACAUCGAUUUUCGCUGGGGAGGUGAUCCAAGCAUUAUUUUAGGAGUUGAAGCUGCCAUGGUUGCUUCAAUACCCAUCCAGUUGAAGGAUCUCCAAGUUUUUACUGUCAUCCGUGUUAUUUUUCAACUUGCGGAAGAAAUCCCUUGUAUCUCAGCUGUUGUUGUUGCGCUGCUUGCUGAGCCCAAGCCUAGAAUUGAUUACACUCUUAAAGCUGUUGGUGGAAGCCUUACUGCCAUUCCAGGUCUUUCAGACAUGAUUGAUGAUACUGUCCAUUCCAUUGUUACAGACAUGCUUCAGUGGCCUCACCGAAUUGUUGUUCCAAUUGGUGGUAUACCUGUGGACACAAGUGACUUAGAGCUUAAGCCUCAGGGGAAACUGACAGUGACGGUGGUAAAGGCAAAUGACCUCAAAAACAUGGAAAUGAUUGGAAAGUCUGAUCCUUAUGUGGUUGUGUACAUCCGCCCUCUAUUUAAAGUUAAGACAAAGGUUGUAGAAAACAACCUGAAUCCUGUUUGGGAUCAGACGUUUGAAUUGAUUGCAGAAGAUAAAGAGACACAGUCACUUGUUGUUGAGGUCUUUGACAAGGACAUUGGGCAAGACAAGCGGCUGGGCAUUGCCAAAUGGCCUUUGAUUGAGCUGGAAGCUGACGCUUUGCAAGAGAAGGAGCUGAGAUUGCUUCCAUCACUUGACAUGCUGAAGAUAAAAGACAAGAAGGACAGAGGCACUGUCACCAUUAAGGUUGUCUAUCACCCAUUCAACAAAGAAGAGCAACUGGUGGCUCUGGAGGAAGAGAAGAGGAUCUUGGAGGAGAGGAAGAAGCUGAAGGAAGCUGGAGUGAUCGGAAGCACGAUGGACGCUAUCGAUGGGGCUGCAUCCCUGGUGGGUUCUGGGUUUGGCAUGGUGGGCACAGGCAUAGGAACUGGGGUCGGCCUUGUUGGGAGUGGGAUUGGAGCCGGGGUUGGCCUCGUUGGGACCGGGAUCGGGGCCGGAGCCGGCUUCGUGGGGAGUGGCCUUGGGGCUGUUGGGAGCGGGCUGAGCAAAGCUGGGAAGUUCAUGGGACGGACCAUCACUGGCCAGUCCAGCAACCACAAGAAGAGCAGCAGUGGAACAACUACCCCUGUGAACAGUGCGCAAGAGAAUGGUGGUGCGAAGCCCCUCUAGUGUGCUGGUUUCUUAUCCUUAACUAGUUCCGAACAAACCUUCGGUUGUUUGGAGCACAACUGAGUUCUGCGUAUCUGACGUCUGUUCUGCAACAGGUCUACUAGAAAUUUAGAGGGGAUAUGGGGCAAGACUUAGCCCGGUAUGUAUGUGAAUAUAAGCUUUGGUAAAUGUUUCAUUUAAGCAGGGGAUAAGUCUCCUUUUCACUACUGUAAUGGUCGGGGUUUUGCACGAUUUGAUUAGAUGUAUUUGCUUCUUUCUGUUUGCUUUUCCUUUUAGCUUAUCAUUCAAUAUGUUCAAUCUGAUAAGGGAUGAUAAGAAUGCUGUUAAUUCUCACUCUAGAUGGCCGUGUCACUGUGUAUCGUUCGGGUAAUGUAGAUUCCGCAUGACUUUUGAGCAUGGAUUGUGCCUGGUAAUACAUUGACUCUCUUUACUUCA